GUUUCUGUUGUGUUCCUGUAACAGUUCUGUCUCACAGGUUUACCCUCAUACAAAUUAACACUCCAACAGGUGCAUGGAAGAGGAGGUGCAUAGAACAAGAGGCACGUAGAACCAUUGGUGAGGAGCUGAACUGAGAGGAUCCUUGCUGAAGGACUUGCAGUGAGCCUUUAUGGUUUUGGCUAAUAUUAGCUCCUGGCAUCUAUCGCGCUUCUCAAGUAACAGACUGCUUCAGCCUUAACUUGCUUAACUACAGAGAGAGAGAGAGAGAGAGAGAGAGAGAGAGAGAGAGAGAGUGAAUUAGGGUAAUAGCUGGAUUUGAAGCACGACUGUGGGAAAGAGAAGAUGAUGGCUGAAGAAGAGAAUGUUAGCAGUAAGAUGUCAUCGCCACAGCAAGCCAACGCUCACUUCCUAAAGGACGUGAUUUUUCACAGAAAAUUUCAACAACUGAACUCCCUGACUCCAGAGGAGACGACUCAAUGCCAGCAUGGCCUGUACUUCCAAGACGGAGAGCGAAGGGUGGAUUAUGUUCUGACCUACCAGGUGAAGAAGCCCAGUGGCUCCCGUGUCCGUAGGCAAUCCUCACGCUUCACCGACAAUGCCCUGACCCGCAGCCUGCGCCACAAUCGCACACAGGCGCGCCCCACUGGGCAUGACCCUGAGCUGAGCCUGCAGGCGGUCAGCACAGACCACCACGAGGACGACAAGUGCUUCCGCCGGGAGGAGUUUGAGGGGAACCUGAGAGAGAUGGGGCUGGAGCUGGAGAAGGACGAAGACGCGAAGACACCUGGUGUGGGCUUUGUGAAGAUUCAUGCUCCGUGGAAUGUUCUUUGCCGAGAGGCAGAGUUCAUGAAGCUGAAGAUGCCGACUAAAAAAGUGUACGAGGUGAAGCAAGGCAGUUCUGUAAUGGAGAAGAUCAAUUCCUUCAUCAGCAAAGUGACAGAUCCACUUCACCCCAACGUGGAGGAGAACCGAGUAGAAAACGUGAAACACCUCUCCUAUCCGUUCUCCAGAGAGAAACAGCACCUGUUUGAUCUGUCAGACAGAGAGUCGUUCUUCGACAGUAAGACAAGGAGUUCAAUAGUGUUUGAAGUUUUGAAGAGAACUAAAUGCACAAAGUCUCAGUUCAGUAUGGGAAUAACCAGUCUGCUUGGAAGCGGAGUGUACCUGGCUGCGUACCCACUGCAUGAUGGUGAUAUAGAUGGUGAGAAUGCAGAACCAAAUGACAGGAAGGUGAGUGAAAUGAUUUGUUUAUUUAUUUAUAUUAUAUAAAAGCUAGAAGAGUUAAUAAACACACUCAUCACACACACAGACAUGCACACACACAGGUGCACACAUUGAAUUUCUGACAGCUUUUCACUAUACAUCUAUACAUUACCAAAAUCACCCUCAUUAGCAGGGGAGUAGCAGCAAAUUCUGGGCUCUCAAUGUCAGUGGGCCCCUAUCCGUGCCAGUACAUGAGGAACAGGAGCAAAAAGGGGGGGGGGGGGGGG